UUUUAGCAUUAGGCCUGUUUUGACCUUUCAGAAGCUGCUACAGACGAGAGAGACUUUGUCGAAAUCGAAACUCUGCGUAUGUGGAUCGAGUCUCCGAACCUCUAACAUAGACCCUCGCCGGAGCCGUUGCAACAGACUCUGCUAGAGAACAUACCUUCUUCAAAAGCCAGAUUACGAUGAAGAUUGUCCGCAGAGAUUUCGUUCGUAAUGGACCCGGAAGCGUUAAGAUGGUGGCUGAGGACUCUGAUGAUCUCUGGUAUGCUUAUAACCUCAUUGCCGUCCGAGAUAGUGUAAUGGCUGUCACUUUUAGAAAGGUUCAGAGAGAGGUGCCUGGUGGGGGAAGAGACUCUGAACGUGUUAGACUGAAGCUCGAAGUACAAGUUGAGGAGGUGGACUACGACAAAGACGCGGCUGUUCUGCGCAUACGUGGGAAGAAUAUCCUGGAGAAUGAUCACGUAAAGAUUGGUGCAUUCCAUACUUUGGAGAUUGAGCUGAAACGACCUUUUGUAUUGAGAAAGGGAAUAUGGGACUCACUGGCUCUUGACACACUCAAGCAGGCUUCAGAUCCCGCUGCUAGUGCUGAUCUAGCUGUAGUUCUAAUGCAAGAGGGACUUGGACAAAUCUUCCUUGUCGGCAGAAGUGUGACAAGUAGCCGUGCACGAAUAGAAACAUCAAUUCCUAGGAAGCAUGGACCUGCCAUUGCUGGUUACGAAUCUGCUUUGAAGAAAUUCUUUGAGAAUGUUCUGCAGGCCUUUGCGAAACAUGUUGACUUCAGUGUCGUUCGUUGUGCAGUGAUCGCUAGUCCCGGCUUUACAAAGGAUCAGUUUCAUCGUCACUUGUUAUUGGAAGCUGAAAGAAGACAGUUGAGACCUAUAAUUGAGAACAAAUCACGUAUAAUUCUGGUGCACACGAACUCUGGUUAUAGACAUAGCCUAGGAGAGGUUCUUAAUGCACCCAACGUGAUGAAUAUGAUCAAAGAUACUAAAGCAGCAAAAGAGGUCAAAGCUCUCAACGAUUUCUUCACCAUGCUUUCAAAUGAUCCAGCUCGAGCAUGCUAUGGACCAAAACAUGUAGAAGUUGCUCACGAGCGAAUGGCAGUCCAAACACUUCUCAUCACCGAUGAGCUUUUCAGGAACUCUGACGUGAAAACAAGGAAAAAGUAUGUGGAUUUGGUGGAGUCGGUGAAAGAUUCAGGAGGAGAGGCUUUUAUAUUCUCGUCGAUGCAUGUUUCAGGGGAACAGUUGGCACAACUCACUGGAAUUGCAGCUCUUCUCAGGUUCCCUUUACCAGACCUCGAAGACAUUGAGAUGUAAUAUAUCUUCGGCUAUAGAAAACAAUACAAAAUCAUAUAGCUCUCAUUAUAAUCCUCUAUAGCUUAAAGUGAGAUUUGUAUUGUGGGCCAAGAAGGCAACUCUUACAUUGAAGUACAGUUAGUUGUUGCUGUUUUUCAGCGCUUUGGUUUCAGUCAAAUAGGAAACGCUAUACCUUGUUGAAUCUUGAGCUUUCUGAUCUGUAAAACAUAUUUUGGGAGCACUUAACAUUAACACAUGAUUUCUUAUGCGUA